AUGCCUCAAGGCCCAGGUCUUUUUCAAGUUAACGUUAUAGUUAAGCAGGUAGUUAUAAGUCCUCGAGGUCCUGCCGGAGCUCGGAUGUUUGUUGAAGGGUAUGUGGACGGGAAAUUAUCCUUCAAGACUCCCAUUGCUGUUAAAUCCUGGUCACCAUCAUGGAACCACUCUGCUUCUCUUAUCAUUACGCCUUAUUCCUCCCUCCAAUUCAAAGUCGUACAAGUUGUUAAGUUUGGACCAAAUGCACUGGUUGGAGACGCCCAUUUAGAUGUUUAUCCUAUUUUGAAAUCAAAUGAUGGAAAAGGUUUGGUGGUGACUCUAACUUAUGCGGCUAUAGUUCCUUCUACCCCACUGAUACUCUCGGUAUCCAAAAGAGAUGGCCUUCGUGGAACUCUCAUUGUGCAUUUCGGUCCCCUCGAAGUCGACCUUCAGGUGACUCCGCCCCCUCCAGAAGUCCGGGAGCACCCUGCAGCUGAGGCACCCUCCCUUCCUUGCUCUUCUGUCUUGUGCGCGAUUCAAACAACCUUAAUAGUACCUGAACUACAUUGUAGACACCUUCCAAUGGCACUGGGGACGGCGGAAGUGCUAGUGCUUGCUCAACUGUUGUGCAAAAAUAGUCAGGCUGCUGCACCCCAACCCAUGGUAGAAAUUGCGGGAAACAGGAGAAAUCGCAACCAACACGUUGCAGUGGCAGUGAGCUCCAGUUUCUGGGCUGAAUUUAUCCGCGCCCUUUUUGAUCCCUCGCCUCCACUGACACCCGAAAGGACUCAAUCAAGAUGGGGCAGUGCGGCGCAACCACAUCUUCGUCUCCCGCGUUCUGAUUGGUCAGAAGGAGUGAGUGAGGCCUCUGGACGACCGUCGGCUGGUUCCUUUGAGGAUGAUAAGUCUCUGCCGGAGGGAUGGGUCAUCUGCGGACACGAGUCUUGGGUCUACCUGGAAUGCGCGGUGUACGAUCCUCAACCUUUCAUCGAGCUUUUAUUCCCAGAGCGUCGAGUGGACCCGCAGACAAACCGAAUAUACUUUGUAAAUCAUAAAAACUGCACUACGCAAUGGGAGGACCCACGGGAGCGGGGCAUGGACGAGAGUCGGCCGUUGCCACCAGGCUGGGAGAAGCGCUAUACGGCGGCCGGCCAGCGAUACUUCAUCGACCACAACAGCCGAACGACAACCUUCAUUGACCCUCGCACUGGACAGCAUGCUGGCUUGAAGCUUCAAUCUUGCGUGGAUAUACCGCGGCCCGAUUUGGGCACAAUCGCACAAACCCAAUAG